AUGGCAGAGGCAGGAGGAGGAGCAGUUAAGUGGCGACAUAAGAAGCGCUUGGGUGCAAUUGAGGUAAACAAUGGUGUUGGAGCUUGUGAUGUUAAAAGGGAGAGUGUUGUUGAGUUGGAUCCCUUGGCAUUAAAUAUCAUUCAUGAAACUCGAGUUGCUCUAAUCGUCCACGAUGGCCAUGGACUAAGCCUAAUAUCUCUGAUGGAUGAGGAGGUUCUUCAUCUUCAGGCAGAUGGACCUCUGAUUGGAUCCAUCAUGGCUGGGGAUUCCCCGAUGUUCCUUCUUCGUGGGGAACGUGCGUUCUUUCCUGAGGUGGAGAUCUCUCUUUUUCCGUCAGACCCUCUCCGCCUCCUCACCGCGACCCACUCCUCUUCUAUCACCGCGACCCACACCCUCCUCUCCUCCCUUUCCUCCGCCCUCUACAACUUCGUCACCCUCCGCUACCUCUCCCUCGCCCCUGACUUCCACACCUUCCCUUUUGCGUUCAAGGCAUGUUCCCUCCUCCCUUCUUCUUCUUCCAUCUCCAUCGCCCUCUCGCUACACUCCCAGGCCUUCAAAUUCGGCUUUCUUGCCGAUCCUUUCUCCCUCAACGCCUUCAUAUGCGUUUACUCCCUCCAUCGCCGCAUCCACGAUGCCCACAAGCUGUUCAACGAGAGUUCUCAUAGGGAUGUUGUCUCUUAUAAUGCCAUGGUUCAUGGGUUCGUUAAAAUUGGUGAGACUACGCGCCCGCAGAAACUGUUCGACGAAAUGCCAGAACGAGAUUCUGUGUCUUGGGGCACUAUGAUUGCCGAUUAUAGCAACGCGAAGCUGUGUUAUGAAGCCAUUGAUUUGUUUAAUGAAAUGAUUGGAUUGAGGAUUAGGCUAGAUAAUAUAGCUCUGGCAAAUGUUCUCUCAGCUUGUGCUCAAACGGGAGAGUUGGAACAGGGUAGGAUAGUGCAUGAUUACAUUACAAGGAAUGGGAUUCGGAUUGAUUCGUAUUUGGCUACUGGGUUGGUGGACCUGUAUGCAAAGUGCGACUGUCUUGAGAACGCAAGGGAUGCACAAUUAAAAGAGACUACAAACUACACAAUUACAGAAAUAUAA